AUGAGCCAACAACCGACGGGCAAUCCGCAAAAUAUCACCCAGCAGCUACAGCGGCUGGUUGGCCAGUACCAGCAUGAGAUGGAGCAAGCUCAACGUCUUGGUCAGGAUACAACCGAGGGAGCGGCUCAUCUUCAGCGUGCUAACUCGAUUCGCGAUCUGCUUCAGCGCUACCAAGCCCAGAUUGCCCAGAAUCGCCAGGGCAACGCGGCUGCAGUUGCCGCAAACGCCGGACAGCCUCAGGGGGGACCUAACGAUGUAAGACGUAUGAAUCCACGUGGAGCUAUGCCCCAAGCUGGGCCCGGUGGUAUCGCAUUGCGUCAAAUGCCUGGCGGCCAAGGCGGCCCUCAAGCGGCAGCUCGUCCUGUUAGCCAGAUUAACCAGUUUGAGAACUCAGCUGCACAGCAGCAACAAAUGGCGCAGCAGCAAAUGCGGGUCCAGCAAGGCCAGCAGAAUGCUGUCGCAAGUAUGCAAACUUAUCAAGCAAUUCAACAGCGGCAACAAGCCGUCACGGACCUAAGGCGCCAACAGGUGGAGUUGGCACGUCGUGCAGAACGUAUCGAGACUAUGCUCCGGAGCGGACAGUCUCAGGAAGACCCGCAACGUCUUCAUCAGAGCCUACAGCUGAUCCAGCAGCGUCGUGAUCAGUAUCGACAGCGUGAGGCGCAGAUUCUGCAGGAUUUAAGAAAUGCCAUGCGCCAGAAUCCACAGCUUGCUAGACAAGUUGCCGCUCAGCAACAACAACAACAACAACAGCAGCAGCAGCAGCAGCAGCAGCAACAGGCACAGCAGCAGCAGCAGCCGCAAAUGCAAAUGGCUCCCGGCCAGGCCCAGGCCCAAGCCCAGGCCCAGGCUCAAGCGCAGCAGGCUCACCAAGCGCAGCAGGCACAGCAGGCACAGCAAGCACAGCAGGCACAACAGGCACAGGUGCAGCAAGUGCAGCAGAACACCCCAGUUGGCCAUAUCAAUGGCAGUCCCCAGAUAGGAAUGAUGCAGCCCUCGCAAGGCCUGCCUGGGCCUGGCGCCCAGCGUAUGGGUGCUCAGGGAAUUCCAGCUCAGCAAAAUCAGCGUACAGCACCCGCGGCAGGAAUGCCCAAUGCAGCAUUGAGACAAGGAGGAACCCCUCAACCGCCCCAAGCUCCCGGUACACCAACGGGUGCUGCAGCAGGAACGCCAGGAGAUGUUUCUGGGCCUGUCACUCGUAGAAUGGCCGCUAUGUCCGGUAGCGGAAGCAGAACAAACAGCCUGGCUGUCCCGCAUACCCUUAACGUUGCUCAGCCUGUUCCAGUGACGGUUCGCCCAGGCCGUCCCACACUACUGAAUGGCGGUGCAUCUAGUGCUAACGCUCUUAAUUCGCCGGCACUUGCCCGCAUCCCCGGAUUCGAGGUUACGGGCGAUCGCGUUCUUUCGAAACGUAAGCUCAGCGAACUCGUUGCCGGCGUGCUGGGCGAAGACAAUGCCACUGCGAUUGACGGUGACAUCGAGGAGCUUUUGUACGACUUGACUGACGAGUUCAUUACAUCUGUCACGUCGUUUGCCUGCAAGAUCGCAAAACACCGUCACUCAGAUACAUUGGAAGCUAAAGACAUUCAAUUACAUCUCGAACGGAACUGGAAUAUGCGUAUACCUGGAUUCUCGGCAGACGAAGUUAGAUCUGUGCGCAAAAUUCAACCCGUGGCCAGCUAUCAGCAAAAGCUCAGUGCUAUCGGUGUCAACCGUGGCUCCCAGAAGUAA